AUGACCUCGUACAUCGCAAAGACGGCUGCCAGGAAAUUUCUAGGCAAACAGUUACAGGACAAGUUCGGUCAAGGAGACCCUUACUACGAAAAAGUUCCUGGCACAAAACGCAACGGAGAGCCCACCGGCAAGCAGGUGAAGCAGAAACGCAAAUUGCCUCCUGGUCUCUCGGAGCAUGAUGCCAAGGUUUUGGUGGGAGUAAGGAGAAGAGUUCAUCACUUGGACUGGUCGUUGUUCACAAUAUUCGGAGUUGGUUUUGGAUGGAGCACAGUGAUUGGCAUAAUUCCCGGAAUUGGAGAUGCCAUCGACGGACUAAUGUCGCUGUCAGUCUUCAGAAAAUGCUGCAAGGUUGAAGGUGGCCUCCCAGCGUCGGUAAAGUUGCACAUGAUGGUCAACGUAGCCAUUGAUUUCAUCAUUGGGCUGGUUCCCGGGGCAGAGGCAAUCUACAGAGGCAAUACACGGAACGCUCUCCUUCUCGAAGAUUUCCUGAGAGAGAGGGCAGAGAAAAAUUUACGCAAGACGGGACACCUGCCCGAUCACGCCCGCGCAGAAGAUGGCCGACGUCAGGGCAAAGGGAUGCGCCGAGAGGACUCGAGGGUUCAGAGGGAUGAGCGCCGAUACCACGACGGCAUCAUUGCCCCUGGUGAAUUCCCGGAUGGCCAUCGGUCCACAAAGAAACGAUCUGGCCGAAGAUAA